AUGUACCUCCACAAUUAUUCUUUGGUAUCAGAAUUUGUGUUGCAUGGACUCUGUACUUCACAACAUCUGCAAAAUUUUUUCUUUAUAUUUUUCUCUGGGAUCUAUGUGGCCAUUAUGCUGGGUAACCUCUUCAUUGUGGUCACUGUAGUUUCUGACCCCCACUUGCAGUCCUCCCCUAUGUACUUCCUGCUGGGGAACCUAUCUUUCCUGGACAUGUGGCUAGCCUCAUUUGCCACUCCCAAGAUGAUCAGGGAUUUCCUUAGUGAUCGAAAGGUCAUCUCCUUUGGAGGAUGUAUGGCUCAAAUCUUCUUCUUGCACUUUAGUGGUGGGGCUGAGAUGCUGCUGCUGGUUUCCAUGGCCUAUGACAGAUAUGUGGCCAUAUGCAAACCCUUGCACUAUAUGACCAUAAUGAACCGGCUAACUUGCAUCAGGCUGGUGUUGGUUUCAUGGAUCAUUGGAUUUGUGCAUUCAAUCAGUCAAGUAGCCUUUACUGUAAAUUUACCUUACUGUGGCCCCAAUGAGGUGGACAGCUUCUUCUGUGACCUACCUCUGGUGAUCAAACUUGCCUGCAUGGACACUUACAUCUUGGGUAUACUUAUGAUCUCAGACAGUGGGUUGCUUUCUGUGAGCUGUUUUCUGCUCCUCAUGAUCUCCUAUACUGUUAUCCUCCGCACUGUACAACAGCAUGCUGCUGGGGGCAUAACCAAAGCACUCUCUACUUGCUCUGCACAUAUCAUGGUAGUUACGCUGUUCUUUGGACCCUGCAUUUUCAUUUACGUGUGGCCUUUCAGUAGGUUCUCUGUGGACAAGCUCCUGUCUGUGUUUUACACCAUUUUUACUCCACUCUUAAACCCGCUUAUCUACACAUUAAGAAAUGAGGAGAUGAAAGCAGCUCUAAAGAAACUAUGUAACUGA